ACAACUACGGCAGUUCCAAUAACAACAACAUCAACAAACGAACUUUCGAAUGAAACUUUGAAUUCAUCAUCAUCAACAACACCGGCAAGUACUAUGAUACCAGAAAUACAAGAAAUGGAAAAUAUUACAUUGGCAUCUAUAAGUAAUAAUAUAAUUACAAAUAAAACUUCACUGCCGACAUUUGGCCAUGAAUUGAUAGCAAACGAUAAUCCAUUACUACAGCAACCGUUACCUAUUCAAUCGAAUGUUGAUCAACCAAAUGCAGAAAGUUUAGUAGCAACAAAGAAACCCGCAUAUGGAACGAAAACACGAUUAUUAACUAAAACAAAUAUUUCAUCAUUUAUUCGUUCACCAGUUAAUCGAUCUAAAGCGAAUGUACGAAAGAAAACGACUACGACGACGACGACGACGGCCACGAAAAAUCGAAAACGAUAUCCAAUAAAAGUAAACAACAACAAUAGUGGUGGUGGUGGUUUAGAUAAAAAUUCAAUCAUGAAAAACAAAAUUCCAAUGGAAAUUAUUUUCUGGCCAGUAUGA